AUAUACCGAUAGAAAUUCAAGGGUUUUCAAGUGACAGAGAGUUAGUAAUAGGGAAAAAGUUUAAAAAUUUGAGAAGUUUUUUUUUUGAUCCAAUUGAUUCCAUGACUAUAGGGAUAUGCUUGGCAGACACCUCACCAAAUGACGUUGAAAUUAUGUAUUCUAUCGAGGAUAUAGAGUGUAAACUGAUAGGUCUUCCAUAUGAGAAUAACAUACUUUUGCUACCAUUGCUACAUUGUUAUUAAUCACUUUUAUAUAACCACUUUAAUAAACGCUUCCAGCUGUAAAAAUACAUAUACCCUAACAAUGCCUAAAGACAUAAAACGCGUACGAUUUGCAAACAUGGAGAACACACCAUCAUGUUCUAAAAAGCCAGAAUGCGAGGAUUGCAAGUCUUUUCAUAAAAAACUGACAACUUUGCAAGAAUCGGUUGAAAGCUUGAAACAUGAACUUAAAUCUUGUAUGACUUCGCAGAACGUUGCUGUAAUGUCGGCGCUGGCGGAGCAAAAAGUAAUUACACAGAAACUAGUACGACAAGAUUCUCUGGUGGUUUCAAUGAAAUCCUUUUUCCCAUUAAAUUCAACAGAAGAUUUAACAAAUAUUAACCAUAAAGUCAUACCAGAAACUCGCUCUAUUAUGAUAUCCACAAUCAGAAGUAUGCUUCAGUACUCUAUUAGUAAAAACCUAAAAAAUGUUUUUACUAACGAUAUAAUAAUGAAUUAUAACGUUGAUGGAACUCACGGCAAGAAGAGUCUCAAAGAGUUCAAAAAUUUGUAUCAAGUAUUAAUAGAAUCAAUAACAAGCUUGAGUAGCCCGGACGACCCGGAAACGCAGCUGAGAAAAGCACUUCAACUAAACAAAAAGCGUUUUUUUCAAAAAAGGCCAUUGAGCCGAAAUCUUCUCAGGAAUCGUCCUAAUAGGGGUGGGCAAACCAUCCAUAGUUAUUCCUUUGGAUAAUGAGUAUGUAGUCUUUUUAAUACAUGGUCUCAAUAGUUUGUAGUUUUUUAGAUUAAGAUAUUCAAAACAUUAGUUUGAAUGAACAAAAACAAAAAAAUAUAACGCUUCCCUAAAUUAUAGGGAAAUUGAAUUUUAAAGAUUU